AGCGGAGAAAAGAAAGCCUGUGUCUUGCAAGUCUUCCUAGGCGGGCUGAUGUUUGAGUCAUGCCUAGGAGGACAAGAAUAAGGACAGCAAGCCCCUUCGGGACCCCCCCCCCCUACUGUUUUGAGACCUGUGUCUGCUGCUUCCACAGGUGCUUUAUCUCACCUAAUUCUCGCAAGGCUCUGGGAGCAAAGUUCUAUGUGAUUCCCACGGAGCAGACGAGGAAACCAGACCGAGGCGCAGGGAGGCUGAGUGACUUGCUCAGUGUCACGGCUACCAAGUGGUUGAGUCAGGCUUCAAACCCAGGAAGGCAAACCAAUUACUGACCGACGCCUUCAUGAGCCGUCUCAUCCCCCUGAACCUGUUUCUUUAUCCAUAAAAUGGGGGCAACGGGGCAACGGUACUUAGUGCGUGGAAUCAUCAUGGGGACGGACGACGACGACAGACUGCCUGCAAACCGCUUAGAACAGCGCCUGGCGCACACGACGCCUCCCGCCGACCGCGGGUACUGCUCCCGGACAGGACACGGAGGUGCGAUCCAGGAGGUGGCGCCGGGAUGGUCGGCAAGGAAGGGCCGGGGAGCUACCCGCGUCUCGGACGGGCGGCGCUGGGACCCCGAGACAGGGCGCCAGGCUCGCAGCUGGUGACAUGUAGACGCCCCCUCCGCGGUCCAGCCUCGGCGCCUGGGCACCCUUCUGCCCGUAAAGUUUGGGGCUGGGCGCCAUGGCCAAGAGCAGCUCCCUGAACGUCCGCGUGGUGGAGGGCCGGGCGCUGCCUGCCAAGGACGUGUCUGGGAGCAGUGACCCCUACUGCCUCGUGAAGGUGGAUGACGAGGUGGUGGCCAGGACAGCGACCGUGUGGAGGAGCCUGAGCCCCUUCUGGGGAGAGGAAUACACCAUCCACCUGCCCCUGGAUUUCCACCAUCUGGCCUUCUACGUGCUGGACGAGGACACGGUGGGGCAUGAUGACGUCAUCGGCAAGAUCUCGCUGAGCAGGGACGCGAUUGCGGCUGACCCCCGAGGAAUUGACAGCUGGAUCAACCUGAGCCGUGUGGACCCGGACGCAGAGGUGCAGGGUGAGGUCUGCUUGGAUGUGCAGAUGCUGGAGAAUGCGCGGGGCCGUUGUCUUCGAUGUCACGUGCUUCAGGCCAGGGACCUGGCCCCCCGAGAUAUCACCGGCACCUCUGACCCGUUUGCACGUGUGUUCUGGGGCAGUCAGAGCUUGGAGACUUCAACCAUUAAGAAGACCCGCUUCCCACACUGGGAUGAGGUGCUGGAACUUCAGGAGAUGCCAGGUGCCCCGGCCCCGCUGCGGGUGGAGCUCUGGGACUGGGACAUGGUGGGCAAGAACGACUUCUUGGGCAUGGUGGAGUUUCCCCCACCGGUCCUGCAGCAGAACCCUCCCCGUGGCUGGUUCCGUCUCCUGCCCUUCCCCAGAGCCGAGGAGGAUUCUGGGGGGCAGCUGGGUGCCCUGCGGCUGAAGGUGCGCCUCAUCGAGGACCGCAUCCUGCCCUCCCACAACUACCGGCCACUCACGGAGCUGCUCACGGAGGCUGUGCGGGGCCCGGCAGAGGAGGAUGCCGCUAGUCCCCUGGCCGUGCUGGAGGAGCUGACCUCAGGGGACUGCCGCCAGGACCUUGCCACCAACCUGGUGAAGCUCUUUCUUGGCCAGGGCCUGGCCGGGCCCUUUCUGGACUAUCUCACUCGGCGCGAGGUGACCCGGACCACCGACCCCAACACCCUCUUCCGCUCCAACUCCCUGGCAUCCAAGUCAAUGGAACAGUUUAUGAAGCUCGUGGGCAUGCCUUACCUGCACGAGGUCUUGAAGCCCGUGAUUAACCGCGUCUUUGAGGAGAAGAGAUACAUCGAGCUGGACCCUUGCAAGAUAGACCUGGGUCGCACCAGGAGAAUCUCCUUCAAGGGCGCACCCUCCGAGGAGCAUGUGAGGGAGGCCAGCCUGGGGCUGCUGACGGGCUACCUGGGGCCCAUCGUGGAUGCCAUUGUGGGCUCUGUGGGGCGCUGCCCGCCUGCCAUGCGCCUCGCCUUCAAGCAGCUGCACCAGCGCGUGCAAAAGCGCUUCCCCCAGGCGGAGCACGAGGAUGCGAAGUACCUGGCCAUAAGUGGCUUUCUCUUCCUGCGAUUCUUCGCCCCUGCUAUCCUUACCCCGAAGCUGUUUGACCUCCGGGACCAGCAUGCGGAUCCCCAGACCAGCCGCUCCCUGCUACUUCUUGCCAAGGCUGUGCAGAGCAUCGGAAACCUGGGCCAGCAGCUGGGCCAGGGCAAGGAAUUAUGGAUGGCCCCCCUGCACCCCUUCCUGCUGCAGAGCAUCUCACGUGUGAGAGACUUCCUGGACCAGCUGGUGGAUGUGGACGGGGAGGAGGCUGGGGGCCCAGCCAGGGCCCUGGUGGCCCCCUCGGUGAUUGUUCGUGAAGGUUACCUGCUGAAGCGCAAGGAGGAGCCCGCCAGCCUGGCCCCACGCUUUGCCUUCAAGAAGCGUUACUUCUGGCUCAGCGGGGAGACUCUCUCCUACUCCAGGAAUCCUGAGUGGCAGAUGCGCUUCUCCAUCCCGGUGUCGCACAUCCGCGCCGUGGAGCGCGUGGACGAGGGCGCCUUUCAGCUGCCGCACGUGAUGCAGGUGAUGGCGCAGGACGGCGCCGGGGCACUGCGGACCACCUACCUCCAGUGCAAGAAUGUGAACGAGCUCAACCAGUGGCUGUCGGCCCUGCGCAAGGCCAGCGCCCCCAACCCGGACAAGCUGGCCGCCUGCCACCCGGGUGCCUUCCGCAGCUCGCGCUGGACCUGCUGCCUGCAGGCCGAGCGCUCAGCUGCCGGCUGCAGCCGCACGCACUCGGCCGUCACCCUGGGGGACUGGAGUGACCCGCUGGAUCCCGACGCUGAGAUCCAGAUGGUGUACCGGCAGCUGCUCCUGGGGCGGGACCAGCUCAGGAUGAAAUUCCAGGAGGAUUUCAACAUAGAUACAAGCCCGGAGGCGGACACAAUGAGGGCCUUGGGGGCCAAGGAAGGGGCCUGUCCUGAAGCCCUGGCCCGGCAGAGAGAGGCAGCUGGCCGCCUUCUGGAGGUGCUGGCAGAUCUGGACAGAGCCCACGAGGAGCUCCAGCAGCGGGAGCAGCAGAAAGCGGCCCUGGGUCCCCUGGGGCACUGAGGAGAUGCCAGAGCCAGCCUGGAAGGAGGAGGAAGGGGCCAUCGGGCCCCUCCCAGGGCACCCCGGCCCCUCUCAGCUGCCCUGUACCUCGUCGAUGCUGUGGCGCGGAUGCUUCUGGAGAUCUCCCAGUCUCUGUGCCCCAAGUCCAGAACCCCAGGCACGGAAGCCCUCUGGCAGGGGGCUGGCCUUGUACUGAAUGAGUCUCAGUCUCUGGGCUGAGGCAGCUGGGAGUGGACGGGAGAGAAGGAGCCUGACUCAUCCGGUUCGGCUGAAAGUCUCUGCUAAACCGGACCGGCCUCUACUCACACCGACAAGGCCAUGGCCCCGAGCUGCUGGAUACAGCCGGACGUGAAUCCCUGAUGCCCACGUGGCCUUGUUGCCCAGACAGGCACCAAAGAGGCUCAGCCCUUCCUGUUUUCACGUCUGCUGAUCUGCGUCACCUCACUGAUCCUCCUGAGCCCUGCCUUGGCCGAGAGUCCUAACCGCAAGCUUCCAGAAUCGGGUUCCCUUAGGAAUAAUGGGGGCUGGGAGCCCAGUGCGCCAGACUCAGACCCCUGGAGCCUGGGAUACCUUGGGCUAGGCUCUUGUCCCCUCUUUGAGCCUCAGUUCAUGCUGUAUAAAAUAAGGAGGGAGUGUCUAGAUGUGUGGCUGUCAAACUGGGUUCCCCGGAGGUGGCUCGGGAGCCAGGGAGGGGUUUCUCAGACUGUGAUCCAAAGCUCAUCCCCUAGGUUGUCUGCUAGCGAUGCAGAUGCUUGGACCCCACCAGCAUCUGCUGAAUGAGAAUCUGAGGGAGUGUGGGUGCAGGGAUCAGGAUUUUUAACAAGUUUCCCAGGUGAUACGGAUGAACACAAGAUUCGAAGAUCAUGGGGCCGGGAGAUGUUGCAUAUUAGGGUUUGAAGUGAGAUCUUGAGAAUGAAUCACAGAGGGUAAAAUGAGAACACCCACUCUGGGAAAACCGGAAAGG